GGCUGCCGGCCGGGAGGGCUGGGCGACUCGGGUCCCGCCCCUCGGGUCGCUCCCUCCAACUCUUUCUUCCCGCCGCCCCGUAAGCGAGUUCACCGGCGCCUGGGUCCGAACCCUGCCCCGCGGCGACCAGAGGAACGGCCUGCGCCGGGGCUGCCCAGGCACAGUCACGUCGGAAGCCCGGUCGGGUUCGGUGCCGGGCCCUCUGGGUCACCCCAAGCCGACCGGAAGAUGCCUCCAGAAUCCUGAAGUCAAACUGAGCCAUGAUACCACGGCUGAAGCCCCUGGAGAGGGCCUGAUUUCAGACUUGGAGUUGCCUAUGAGAAAGUCUUCGGAGAGACUCCUGCAGGAACGCUGUUGGCUCCUGUGAGAAAAGGGCUCUGGGGCCUGAGUUGGCAGACAGCUGGGCUGCAGCUAUGGACCGUGAGCUGGCCCAGGCCUGCGUCCUUGCUGAACCUGCCCGUCUGUGGCCGCUCCCACCAUGGGCUCCUUGGUGUAUAUCACAGUGGAGCUGGCCAUUGCCGUGCUGGCCAUCUUGGGCAAUGUGCUUGUGUGCUGGGCUGUGUGGAUCAACAGCAACCUACAGAAUGUCACCAACUACUUUGUGGUGUCGCUGGCGGCAGCUGACAUUGCGGUGGGUGUACUCGCCAUCCCGUUUGCCAUCACCAUCAGCACUGGGUUCUGCGCUGCCUGCCAUGGCUGCCUUUUCUUUGCCUGCUUCGUCCUGGUCCUCACCCAGAGCUCCAUCUUCAGCCUCUUGGCCAUCGCCAUUGACCGCUACAUUGCCAUUCGCAUCCCUCUCCGGUACAACGGCUUGGUGACAGGUAUGAGGGCCAAGGGCAUCAUUGCGAUCUGCUGGGUGCUGUCAUUUGCCAUCGGCCUGACGCCCAUGCUGGGCUGGAACAACUGCAGCCAGAUGAAAGAGGGCAGGAACCACUCGCAGGCCUGCGGAGAGAGCCAGGUUACCUGUCUCUUUGAGGAUGUGGUACCCAUGAACUACAUGGUAUACUAUAAUUUCUUUGCUUUUGUGCUAGUGCCCCUGCUGCUCAUGCUGGGCAUCUACUUGAGGAUUUUUCUGGCAGCCCGGCGACAACUGAAGCAGAUGGAAAGCCAGCCCCUGCCAGGGGAGCGGACCCGGUCCACACUGCAGAAGGAGGUCCAUGCUGCCAAGUCAUUGGCCAUUAUUGUGGGACUCUUUGCCCUCUGCUGGCUGCCCCUGCACAUCAUCAACUGCUUCACCUUCUUCUGCCCAACGUGCAGCCACGCCCCUCUCUGGCUCAUGUACCUGGCUAUUGUCCUCUCCCACAGCAAUUCCGUUGUCAAUCCCUUCAUCUAUGCCUACCGGAUCCGCGAGUUCCGCCACACUUUCCGCAAGAUCAUUCGCAGCCAUGUCCUGAGGAGGCAGGAACCCUUCAAGGCAGGGGGCACCAGUUCCCGGGCUUUGGCAGCUCACAGCACCGAGGGAGAGCAGGUCAGCCUCCGCCUCAAUGGCCAUCCACCCAGGGUGUGGGCCAACGGCAGUGGCCCCCAUCCAGAACGGCCCAAUGGCUAUGCCCUGGGGCUGGUGAGCAGAGGGAGUAUCCAAGGACCGCAUCAGGCUGUGGCCCUCUCAGACGUGGAGCUCCUUAGCCAUGAACACAAGGGAGCUUGCCCAGAGUGCCCCGGCCUAGAGGAACCCCUGGCCCACGGCAGAGCAGGAGUGUCCUGAUGGUCCACGGAAUUUGCACCUUCCUGUGGGAAGGAAAUCUUUCUCUUUCUGGUUGGCUGGACCAGUCACAUUGGGAGAAGAGAGGAACGAAUGUGCGAGAAGACCCAUUAGGCAUCUGCCUCCCACUUUGAACUGAAAGGAGGAAGCCCCUAGCUGGAGCAGCAUGAGGCCCAGCAAGAAGGGCCUGAGGUCUGAGGAAGUAGCUGUUUCAUGCUGUGAGGUCCUAUACUAGGCUAGGACCACAGCACCAGCAGUAUCUUCACUGGGCAGGGCCCAGUCCCCCACUCCAGAAGCAUCUAGAAGCUCCUUGUCUCUGCAGAGCAAUUGUGGCUUAGCAGACUGGGGGAGUGGCUGCAAAAAGCCUCCGUCAACACAUGCCAACUUCCCAGACUUUCUGGGGCUCAAGGAGCUGCUGGCCUAGAGGGUGGCACUUGAUUAUUUUUGCCAGGAGAAGAUGUUAAGUGUGAGGAAAUCCUUUCUAUUUUAUUAUCUUCCUCUCCCUGGCUGCAGGGACUGUUGCCAGUCCUGCUGCUAACCUUGUACCAGGAAUCUGCCCAGGGAGUCUCAGGCAACCCUCUCCUGCUGCCCAAAGCUGCCAUACACUUACUCCCAGGGCCAUCUCUUGGGGCAACAAAACUGGGCUGGAGGACAGGGAGUUGUAAUAGAAACAGUGCCAGGGCAUGGGCUCAGGCCCCAGAUCCCAGGGAAGAGGCUGGGGCUGGCAGGCCAUGGGCCUGAGCCUGGGUAGCUCAGAACUGCCCAAUUAGAGGUCCUAACUGCCUUUCCACUAAAGGGAAUGUUUUUUGUUUUGUUUUGUUUUUUUGAGACAAAAUAAAAA